UGCUGACGAUUUGAAGACCGAAAAUGAACUUUCGAAGUCCCGGUAGGAAGACGAUUACGGUUGCCAUGGCAGCAAGUGUCCUUUGUGCUGAGGUCGCCAGCAUGGCGUAUUAUUCGUUGGUGCCAUGGUUUCUGGAGCCAGGUCAGAGAAGCACGUAUGCGUCUUUGGGGUCUAAUAGUCUACUGUUUGUGCUGUUGAACAUGAUCGUUAAUAAAGUGUGGCCAUUACGUAAGACAAAGGACGUUGCUGAAAUGAGUGUUGCAGUGACGUUGAUAUACGCAGCCAUCUACGCCCCCUAUGCUAUCACGUGGUACAACCCAUUGAGCUACAUAUACACCAUUGGGCCUGUUGUGCACACGUUCGUCCAGAUUGUUUCUAUGGUUGGGACUAUGUUGUACUUCGCGCAUAAGAAGUGAAACUAUGGGGAAUUAAGUUACAGUUUUGGGAUGAAUGAAUACCAUAAUGAUAUUAAGUUACAUUUUUAUUUAAAAUUAUC